AUGCAUGAAGCGAACCACGAGGCGGUUCGAAUCAUAGUGGAUGUAGGGAUCGAGUCUUUAGUCAAAUCAAUGAGGCCAUUCGAGCUGUCCCCAGACGAUGACGACGAAAACGCUCCCAGACGCAAAAAGCCAAAGAAACGAACUAGACCAGGCCACUAUCAUCAGCAACGAGGAGCCACCCUUAACUUACCGCAAAGAGAUCAAGAUGAACUUGAGACAGUCAGAAAAUUCUUACUGAGCAAUGCCGAAGGAGUAAUUCUGUGGGUUACAAUAAUAUUGGACAUUCAUCUCCGACUGAAUGCGCAAGAGUUGAAGCUUGCUCGAAGGAUACUGAUGUGGACGGCUGGUGCGACCACUUGGCAUCCAUUAAGGACGGUUGAGCUGCUUGAAGCGAUAUCGAUAUCGGAAGAGGGAAAAUUCCAGAGUGUGGUCGUCCUCGAUUGGUCAGACUUUCGAUAUCUCUUACGCCGGUAUUGCGGUCCUUUCAUCGACAUCAUCCACACCGAGACCUCAACCGCGGUGGAGGGCCAAGCAAACUCGGCAGAUAUCCCGGUCAGCUCAUUCGAUCGCGUCCAAUUACUUCACAGGACAGCCAAAGACUUUCUCGCUAGCUACAGCAAUGCGAAAGACCUAUCGUUCAGUGAAGACGAAGCCAAGGAACUGGUUCUUGGAGAUCUGUUCACAUAUGAAGGCAUGCUUAAGAGCCCUCUUCAUUAUUCACGUCUGUAUCAGGACGCAGAUGUAUCGGGAUUCAAUCUGGACAAAUACACUGAAGCUUUGGCCAGCUCGCUGAACGAUAGAGGCCUGGCACUUCAUCUUUCAGGCCGACGAUCCACCUUGCCGGGUCCCAAACUCGAUGCGCGCGAGCUUCUCAUUAGCCGUCCUCAGAAAUACAUGUCAAGAAUGAUGCCCCAGUCUCGUACUUCUCAGGCUCCCCAGUUCGUCGCUUUGCUGGAUCUGACCGUCCCGUUCUUUGGACAGUGCAUCUACUUCGCAUGUAUACAUGGGUACCUCACCGCUGCAGAGUUGCUUUUACAAUUCUCUACGGACAUAUCACGUUCACGAUAUGAGAGGCCGGAUUUCCUGAUCCAGAUCACGCAUUCAUUGCUCCUAGCUUCUGUGAAGCUCAAUUUCAUGGAAUUGGGCGAUUCGUUAGCGAACAUGAGUUUUGGUAUGCUUGGUAUGAUCGACUACAUAGAUCCCGAGCCGAUGUUCCCGAGGGAUGAAAGGCUUCAUGCCUCACACGUGGCGGCAGAAGAAGGCUAUGAAGAACUACUGAAGAUCAUCAUGGGGCAUACAGAAGCCAUCUUGAGUCAAUCUUAUGAAGCACACGUCGAGCAAUCGAACGUCGACAAGGAAGAGCUUUUGAAAUACGUUCGGAAACACUCUCUCCGCAAUAGAUAUGAGCCCUACGGUUAUGACGAUUCACGAGUGGCCAUAGAGAUGGGUGUCGAUUACAUUAAGUCCACAUUCGACGGUAUGGAACAUGUCAUCCAAUUUUUCAAACAGAUGCGCAUUUUGAAUCCAGCACUGAACAGAAAGAUUCGUCGAGCAACUGGUUUCUACCAUCAAGUCAACCGCACAGACUUUAAAGGGCUCGAUCGGAUCUCACUCGUGAAGAAAUAUGCUACUCGUUGGAGGAAAAGGGCGCUCAACGUUCGGGACGUACCUAAGUACAAAGAACACGGGAUGAGGUCUAUCAUAGCGGUGGAACUCAAUUUUCACCUCCCAAUGCAUGAGCGGUCUUAUCGUGGCUUGACUGAUGGCUUCAUGGGCUGGGACUGGAAGGUCUCUGGCGACGAGCUUUGGGACCAAGAGAAAGCCAUUGUCUUCACAGUCGUAAAGACUCCCCGCAACAACAUCACUCUGGAAGCCAUGAUCGACGAGCAAGAAGCCAGGCCGCUGACUGAUGUCGGGGUCAUGGCGGCUUAG